GCACUGGACACAUUCUUCAGAGUGAAUCUAUCCUUGUCUAUGACUGGCAGCCCGACAAAACCAGAGGAAGUUAUUGAGAAAUGGUUAAAAGAACAGCUGGAGGUGAAUGCCACCAUGGAAGUGCUGAAUGUCAUCAUAAGGGAGAAUGUAGGCAGGAACAUGGCGAAUGGACUGAUGAUUUUUAACAGCCAAUCAAAACUGUAUGACUGCACAUUCCAUGUCCAGGAAUACAACAUAAACACUGUGGCAGAAAUGACAGCUUUUAUUUAUGCUGCCUUGACAGCAAAGUAUGUAAAUAACUCCAUUAUUAUUCAAACUACGGAAGUGGCUAUCAAGCACAUAGUGCCAGCAAACUGUUUGGAAGAAAAGACUUCAACAAUAUACGGAGAAUAUAUUUGGCCUGAAACAUUUCCACAGGAGCAUCAAAAAAUGGGAUGCAAUAAGCCCAAAUCAAAAAGAGCCUACAGGCUUUGUAAGUUAGACAUUGAAACUGACACGUCAAGCUGGGCUGAUCCUGAUAUGAAAAAUUGCGAGCAGCUUGUGACCAUAUCAGACCUCGACAAUGUCACUGUCACUACUGGUAACGCGGCUGGGGUUGUGGACAUGAUUCAGGACCUUAUAGAUGUCCAGUUGGAUGACAGUGAGAAUGAGCUCUCUUCCUCUGAGCUGGAUACUGUGGUGGUUAAGCUCCGUGAGGUGGUUCACAUCAGCAGCACCACACCUGCUGUUGGUGCAAACAUCAUCAAUAUUGUAGCAAAUAUUCUGCUCUCUAAAACUGACCUCACUCCUGUGGCUGGCAUUAUCCUUAAUCUGACACAUAGAAUGGCAAACAAUAUGGACUUCCCAGAUGAAUCAGUCAGUAUAACAGCCCCCUUGAUGGCCCUGUCCCUCAUCAAUGUAAAUCGUAAUACAUUCAGUGGCCUCACCUUUGGUGUCUCCUCAGUUUCCCCAACCCUGAAUCCAGAGAUUUUUGUCAACCAAAACUUUGAGAGUGAACCGCUCCCUGACACAAAUGCAACCAUCUCUCUGCCCUCUGAACUCUACAACUAUUUCCCUCCUGGAGAAAGAAAUACGACUCGUAUCCAGUUUCAAUUCUAUGCAUCAAACGAGCUCUUUCAGGAUCCACACACAAACAAUGCAACUCAGAGCAGCUGGCAAUUGAAUUCCUUUAUAGUAUCUGCCAGUAUCAAUAACAGCAUGGUCAGAAACCUCACGGAUCGAGUGGUGGUGACCCUCAGCCAUCAAACAGCCAUAAAGCCAGGGGACAAGGUGCAGUGUAUGUUUUGGGAUUUCCAGAAGAAUGGUGAGUUAAUCAUCAUUUAUUAUGUGUUUCAGCUGGAUUUAGACGAUUUACAGCACGUUUUUUUGAAUCAGUAACAUAAAUAAAUA